UACGAAUAAAUGAUAAAAUGAUAAUUAUUAAACUAAUAAGUAAUUUAUCAAUUGGUUUUGAAUCACUGCAAUACAAAGAUGGCGGGUAGUCAUUUGAUUAUUUGUUUGUUUUUAAGUUUUUUAAGCCGUGUUUAUAGUUCAGAUGUGUUGUGCGAAAAAGGAUUUUGUAGUGAAUUCAUCCACAAACACGGUUGUUCGCCGCCAGUGCCUCACUGCUCGUACAACAACGCCACACACAACGGCCUGUGGUUGCCUUCGCCUACCAUCUGCAACUGUUGCCCCUUCUGUCUGGAAUUUUUAAGAGAGGAUGAGCACUGCAGUUUAGGAGGUCCCGGGGCCGGGACUACAGUGGGUCGUUGUGGUGACGGACUCACGUGCGUCGCCGACCCUAUUGAUGGGUACAGCUAUUGUAAAAAAAUGUCGUCGAAGUGCCAUACUGCACAAACAAACUUCGAUACAAGACGCACAAGAGGGGAGAUGGGAUCGCUCGAGUUUCGGCCGCACUGCGACGCUAAAGGGAAAUACGCGCCCUUCGACUGCGUGCUGACACAAACAUGUUUCUGCCAAUCUGAAGAAGGUGAGAGGCUGUUCGGGGAGGUUGUAUACCGCGGUACUUUAACUACACAGAGCAUGCAUUGUGGUUGCUCUCGGCUCCAUCAGAGGAUCAUGAAGAGGAUCCAACCAGGACUGGCGUUCCCCGUGUUCGCGCCGCGGUGCACUUCCGACGGCAACUUUUUCCCUGUCCAGUGCAUCGGUCGGAAAUGUUACUGCGUGGACAGGGUGACAGGACACAUUGUCAAUGCAAACCGGCCGGGUUAUACUCUGGACUUGAGAAAAUAUCCUAUUACUGAUUUGGCUUGCUACGACCCUGCUUUAGACAAUUUUCCACACCUAAAUGAAGGUUCACCUCCUUACAACUUCACGGCGCCGUGUUUUGAGGAGCAGAGACUCAAAGUGGAGAUGAUACAGCAGAGUAAAGAGGAUGGGUUUAACGUAGACUUCUUUAACUCCUUCGGCGAGUGCAUGCCAGACGGGACUUACGGGCACGUUGUUAUGAAGAGGGAUAGAUCGAAAAUCUGCGCUGACGAAACUGGCCGUCAAAUAGCCAAAUAUUCUGCAGCCCCGAAUACACCUGAAUAUGAAUCAAUGAAUUGCAAAUGCGCGUAUACCUCCCAUGUUAUGGGUUCAACGAGUGAGAGGCCGGUUUGCUGUAAAAACGGAAAUUUCCGACGUAUACAAUGCCGUCGUGGUUUCUGUCGUUGCGUCGACGAGGACGGAAGGCAACAAGGAAGAGAAGCCGCUGAUGUUACUUCUCUAUCUUGUUUUACAACUAAUUGGCGGACGUGUUAAAUUUACAUAAACCAUAUUAUCUUAUUAAAAAUAUUGUAGGAGUUCAAA